ACGCUGCAGUGUGAGCAAAUAGUACGUUUGAGGUUUUCCUCGUCCCAAGCCAAAAAUACGGCCCCCACAGUGCUUUUACCGCACAGGCAACACCCCCGCCAUCGCGAUGCGAUCCUAGCAGCCGCCCGCUGCCGAACUCUAUUCGCCAGAUCUUAUGUUUCAUGCUAUAGCUAUAUCACGUACCCGACUAUGAUCUGUUUCAAGGGUACCGUUUGCUAUACUGGUACAUAUCACAUGCUGCUAAGGUUCGAAACUUCGCCUGGGGAAGACGAGAAUACCCACUUCGGGUUCGUGUUCGCUAGUGGCGACGACACGAGACGGUUAGAUGCAGGGCGGGUUUUUUUUGCUUUUGCUGAGGUCAACCGAGGUCGAGCUGUUUGCCAUGCUUCUGUUUUGGGUGCCUUGCAUUUGACUCUACUGUGUGUGUUUCUGGGCGGAGGUUUCCGCACGUGUUAUGCAGGGUUCCAAGGUUUGCCAGGCCGCCUUCGAGGUCAUAGACUUUUGCGUUGACGUUGCGGGGAGAAAAGAUGUCUCUUGGGGGAGGUUUCGCCGAUGGCCGCGAUGAGGGACGAGGGAGCCUGUUGGUGACGGUUCACUACGAAGUUGCGGUUCGACGAUACCG